AUGGGGUUUACAGUGUCGCAAUGUGAUACAAGUUUGUUUUUCAAACAUGAUGGAACAAAUGUUAUUACAUUAUUGUUGUAUGUUGAUGAUAUUAUAUUUACAGGAUCUAAUGAAACUAAAUUUCAGAUUCAGUACAGGCAUAAUGGUGAUAUUUUCUUGAAUCAAUCCAAGUAUGCCAAAGAUUUGAUCCAUAAAGCUAGUAUGGAUAGUUGUAAACCUGCAUCCACAUCAUGUAAGCCACACACUCAGCUCUUUGUAACUGAAGGAACUCCUCUAGGUGAUCCUACUAUGUAUAGAAAUCGUGUUGGUGCCUUACAGUACCUCACAUUCAUCAGACCGGAUCUUUCUUAUGCUGGGAACAUGGCUUGUCAGUAUAUGAAUCAACCUACUGAUGUACACUAUGGUCUUAUGAAAAGAAUCCUCAUAUAUGUUCAAGGUACUGUCACUUGUGGUAUUACUUGUUCUACAAGUCAUGACAACUAUAUUACUACAUUCUUUGAUUCGGAUUGGGCAGUUGAUCCUAAUACUAGAAGGUGUAUUACUGGUUUUGUGAUGUAUGUGCGACACAAUCCCAUCUCUUGGCAAUCCAAGAAACAUUCAUCAGUUUCUAGAAGCUCCACUGAGGCAAAAUAUAAGGCCUUGGCACAUUGUGCAGCUGAUAUUAAACAUUUAUUGUGCAAAGAGAAGUAUGCAAUUGAGCCAUGUGGAUAUAAUGAAGCCUAG